AUGGGAAGUGGAACAAGGCCCUUUACCUUGUCUUCAUGGGUCUUAGUUGCAGCCUUCUUAGGUAUUAACUUAUUAUCCAGUGAAAUUUGUAGCGCUAAAGAUAUCUACAGGUGUGCUCCUUCUUCCUGCGGCAACAUCCACAACAUAAGCUACCCUUUUCGACUAAACCGUGACCCAGAAUACUGCGGGGACUCGAGGUAUACGUUGCACUGCGACAACAACGUUACGUGUGCAAAUCCAGUGAAUUCAUCUCUCAACGUAGUGAUUGCUCCAUGCAUUAAUAAUCUGAGUAGGACAGGUUAUGUCAACAUUCACGAUACAACGACGUCGGAUCUGGAGGAUGGGUGCAGUAUAGAGUGGACGACUAUGGCGAGUGAAUCCUUGGACGACCAAAAUUACCAAAACGUUUCUCACAGAUACAUAAACAUACACAACGCUUUGACGGAUGGCUUUUUGCUUUAUUAUCGUAGCUCAGGUGUUGCCUUUGUUGAAUGUGGCCCACACCAAUGGAUCCCACUUGGUUCCAAGUGUAAGCCAGGUAGCUUUGUUUUGGAUCUGUUGAAGCUGAUUUACGAUUAUGAGGCGCAAUUCUUUAGCUCAGGUGAUCCAUGGCGAGGAAUUACGCUACUAAUAACCAUUAUCUUCGUACUACAUCUCAUGGUAAAAUUUAUACUGGCUCCAUUUGUGAUUGGGUUUUUUAUCUAUACAUGGCGGAAAAGACAUUCGUCAAUGUAUAGCACGAUCGAAAAUUUUCUGCAUGAUGAUAACAAUUUUCCGCCGAUAAGGUACUCUUACUUGGACAUUAAAAAGAUGUCUAACGAAUUCAAGAAUAAGUUAGGUGAAGGAAGCUUUGGCAUGGUAUUUAAAGGAAAAUUACGCAGCGGCCAUUUUGGAGCAAUUAAGAUGUUGAGCAAGUCCAAAGCUAAUGGGGAAGAUUUCAUUAGUGAGGUAGCUACCAUUGGAAGGAUUCACCAUGUUAAUGUGGUGCAACUUGUUGGUUAUUGUGUUGAGGGUUCAAAGCGCGCUUUAGUAUAUGAGUUCAUGCAAAAUGGAUCUCUUGAUAAACACAUUUAUUCCAAACAAGGGAAUAACUUGCUAAGUUACAAGAAAAUGUAUGAUAUUUCACUUGGAGUAGCUCGAGGGAUUGAAUAUCUACAUCAAGGUUGUGACAUGCAAAUUUUACAUUUUGAUAUCAAGCCUCAUAACAUCCUUCUUGACGAAAAUUUUGUUCCAAAGAUUUCUGACUUUGGGCUUGCGAAAUUAUAUCCUACGGUUAACAGUACUGUCUCGUUAACGGCAGCAAGGGGAACAAUGGGUUACAUGGCUCCUGAGUUGUUCUACAAAAAUAUUGGUGGCGUCUCAUACAAAGCUGAUGUCUAUAGCUUUGGAAUGCUGUUGAUGGAAAUGGGAAGCAAACGAAAGAAUUUAAAUGCACGUGCAGAGCAUUCAAGCCAAAUUUACUUCCCCUCAUGGGUGUACGAUCAGUAUAAGGAGGGAAAGGAGCUGGAGAUGGAGGAUAUAACAGAGGAAGAAAAGAAAAUAGUAAAAAAAAUGGUUAUAACUGCCUUGUGGUGUAUUCAAAUGAAGCCAAGUGAUCGUCCGGCAAUGAACGAAGUUAUAAAGAUGCUCGAAGGAGAUGUAGAAAGCCUACAAAUGCCUCCUAAGCCUUUUCUGUGCCCUGAAGAGAUGCCUGUAGAUAUUCAUGAUAAUUUGAACCAUACAUGUUCUAACAUGGAGUUGACGUGUACUCUGUCACCUAGGUGA